CAGGGACUGAAACAAACCCGAGUCGGCUGAAAGAGAUCCGAGUAACUGGGGGGGGAGGGAGGGGAGGGAAGGGAAGGGAACGAAGCGAAGCGAGAAGACAGAUGCUUUUAUCUCGUUCCCCUCUGAGAGGAGAGAAAAGAGAAAUCAAAAGGCAACUACAUUCUGUACAUUAAAAAAAACAGCUUUCAUGUGGGACAAAUAUCUGUGGAAAUUUUCCUGAGGAGGACUUUUUCCCCUGUGUAUUUCUUUUUUCUUCUUUUCGAAGUGCGUGUUAAAUCUUCGUCGACGAUGCAGGGAUCGUGAUGAUGAGUUCGUCCGGCUGCUGGGUGGCGAACGGGGCGAGUUUGGAGGAUUGUUAUUCCAAUCUCUUCUCUCUGGCUGACCUGCCUGGAAUUAAAUGGCGACGUUAUUCAUGGAAGGGUCCAGUGGGGACACCGCUCGUCAUCCCGGUGGCUGAAGAUGAUGCCGUUCUGUGCAGCUUCAGCCGCUGCUUGAAAGCUAAUGUACUUUGUGUGUGGCGCAGGGAUGUGAUACCAGGCCACCGGGAGCUUUGGAUUUUCUGGUGGGGUGAAGUGCCAAAUUUUGCUGAUCUUAUCCACCAUGAGCUCAAAGUGGAAGAAGAGGGAUUAUGGGAGCAAGGACUGUCCUAUGAGUGCCGUACACUGCUUUUUAAGGCUAUUCACAACUUAUUGGAAAGGUGCUUGUUGAACAGGAACUUUGUGCGAAUUGGAAAGUGGUUUGUGAAACCAUAUGAAAAAGACGAGAAACCGGUGAACAAAAGUGAGCACUUGUCCUGUUCCUUUACUUUUUUCUUGCAUGGGGAUAGUAAAGUCUGUACCAGUGUUGAGAUAAACCAGCAUCAACCAGUAUACCAUCUCAGUGAACAACAUGUCACUGUGGCCCAGGGAUCCUCCAACCCCUUCCAAGUGAUCCUCAGCCCCUUUGGAUUAAGUGGUACCCUGACAGGUCAGUCUUUCAAGCUAUCUGAUCCUCCCACCCUUAAACUGAUAGAAGAAUGGAAGCAAUUUUAUCCAAUACAGACCAGCUCAAAGGAAACUACAGACGACAAACAGGAAGAGGUAGACUGGGAUGAUGACUCAAUAGCAGCUGUAGAAGUCAUUGUUGCUGGUGUGCGAAUGGUGUACCCAGCAUGCUUUGUUCUGGUGCCUCAGCCUGAUGUUGCCACUGGCAUCUUGAGCAGCUCCACUGGGACGACACAUUGUACAACUGCAUACGCAAGUGUCCACCAAGUGCCUCCCCCAAUAAGGGAUCCAGCCAUUUCCUCUGUGACCUUGACUCCACCCACAUCACCAGAAGAAGCUGAAACAGCUGAAAUACAGGCCACCCAGAAGUGGGCGAAGCUUCCUUCAAUGUGUGAGGUACUUAAUAUGGAAAAUUCAGGGCAUGGUGGAAAGAUUCCAAGAAAGUUAGCCAAUCAAGUGGUAGAAAAGGUGUGGCAGGAGUGCAAUCUCAACAAAACCCAGAAAAAACGAAAGUACUCUAGUGUGAAUGGCUGUGAAGAUGAUUCAUCUGGCAAAGAGGCAUCUUGGGAUUUUAUUGAAGCUACGCAUAGGGUGAAUUGCAACUGUUCAAGGCAUAAGAAUAAAAGAGGCACUGGUGUCCAAGGACUGUCUCAGACUCCUGGUCCACAGCAGCCAACAGCACUCAAGCACAAAAUGAAUGACAAGCAAGAAAAAGGGGAAAAGCAACAGAAGCGACCACUAACUCCUUUUCAUCACCGUAAUUCAGUAUGUGAUGAUGUUGCAAUGGAACCAGAUUCAAGUAAUCACAGACUUGGAAUUAGGCAACAGGACAACAGAAGACGGUAUUCAAAUACAAGGCCUAAUGACCUGGUAAGCUCCACAAAGUCCUCACAGUUACACAUCCCAGAGCUACCAAACUCGCCGCCACCACCACCCCUCAGCCCUCAUCCUUGUGAGAGAGAUGAGGAUGUGGGCGAUGCAUUUAAAAAUGCAUUGACACCUCAAAGUCAGCCAUUCUGCCAGAUGCCUGCACCAGAUCCACUACUUCCAGGCAAAACUGUUGAGGACAGGAUGGAGACACUUCCUACCCAGGCUUUCACCUUGGGUUUUUCAGAAGUGAUGGAGCCUACAAGCUACAGUAGCAGUGUGUUGCAAUUUGAGGAUGAUGGGCCUGAUGUUACAUGGAAAUGUUAUCGACUACCCACUUGCAUGGAAUCUGAUUUUGUGCCACCACAGCUGCCGUUGGAUAAAUACAGAGAAGAGUAUGUUGCAGUGAGCAACCAAGAACAUGCACUUUCUUCUGUCUCAGAUUUGGUGGUACACUCAAAUAAGCCAUUGAAGAUCUCUGAAGAGCGGGUACAGGGAUACAUCCUGAGUCGAAACCAGUACUACAAGAGCAUUCGUACAGAGGCAGACUCCAAGUCAGAAAUUGAUCCAUAUGCAUUUGAUGAUGGCGAUGAAGAAUUCAGCCUGCCUGAUAAGAAGGACAAGCAAGGCAACGAGAGAGAUCCUGGAAAGAAACAUUCACAAAAGGGGGACAAUGACAGUAUUGGUGUAUCCCAUUCAAUGUUGCCAGCGGAAGGAGAGGAUGCCAUGUCGAUAUUUAAUUCUGGAACAAAACUAGAUGGACAAAGAUCGCCCACACACAGUCGGACUGCAUCCACAAGCCUCAUGAAUGAGGUUGAUCUGGUUGUCUCGUAUAAAGAUCUUGACAAUCUGUUUGAUGAUGAUGAUGAACUUGGGCAGCCUGGUUCUCGAAGUGCACUCGUUGGAUCAGAUGAGAAAAUCGGCAACAGGGAUUCGAAGGCUGGACCUUUUGACACAUUCCCUUGUAUAAGUUCUGCAGACCUGCAGCAGAUGUUUCCCACGCCUCCAUCCUUGGAACAACAUGGCCCAGGCUACUCUCCAAUGAAUAUUAAUUGCAAAGAGUUUGGAAGCUUGGAUAACACCCCAGGAAUGACUCUGGAUGGCCACCAUUUUACUGCAACAAGCCUGAAUCAUUUCAAGAUUGAAGUGGAAGAGGGAAUGGGUAGUCCUAAACCUUCAGAGAUUAAGGACUUUUCUUAUGUUUAUAAUCCUGAGAAGUGCCAAGGUUAUGUGGGGUGUACUAUGUUUGCACCAUUGAAAAUCUUACCAAGCCAGUGUCAGCCCCCUGUAAAACUCCCAGAGGAAUAUCGCCCUUCGUGGACUGUGGGCAAGUUGGACCUGCUUCCUCCUGUACCUCCCAUGCCAUAUAUCCGUGACAUAAAUAUUCCAAGUGUUGGAAGUGGUAUGGAUCAGGAUUACAUACAGACCUGCACACCACAAACGCAUACCCCAUUUGGAGUGACGAACAGUGCUCCUCCAAGUAAUGGUGCUGGUGUUCUUCCAUCACCUGCCACUCCACGCAUCUCUGCACCAACUCCAAGGACACCAAGGACCCCACGCACCCCUCGUGGAUGUGGGGGUCCAGCAAGUGUUCAGGGCUCUGUGAAGUAUGAGAACUCUGAUUUAUAUUCACCUGCUUCUACACCUUCAACUUGUCGUCCAUUGAAUUCAGUAGAACCUGCAACGGUACAAUCCAUUCCUGAAGCGCACAGUCUUUAUGUGAACCUAAUCCUAUCUGAUUCCAUCAUGAAUCUCUUUAAAGAUUGCAAUUUUGACAGCUGCUGCGUCUGUGUCUGUAACAUGAACAUCAAAGGAGCUGAUGUUGGAUUGUACAUCCCAGAUCCUACCAAAGAGUCACAAAACCCAUGCACAUGUGGAUUCAGUGCUGUCAUGAACCGAAGGUUUGGAAACAACUCUGGGCUCUUUUUGGAAGAUGAGUUAGAUAUUAUUGGGCGAAACACAGACUGUAGCAGUGAGGCUGAAAAGCGACUAGAGGAUCUCCGGAAUAUUUCUGUUGAACAGGGGGAAGGAGGCACCAAGGAGCCCGAAAAAGUGCCUGACGAGUUAAUAUUGCUACUUCAGGACCAGUGCACUAACCCCUUCUCCUCAUUGAGAUCAGUGGAUCCUUCAGUAGUGGCAAAAUUACAAACAGUGGGACCACCAGUGCGUGUGGAGGAUAGAGACUAUUACAGGGAAUGUUACACUGCUUUGGAGCAGGGAUAUCAGUUUAUGGACAAUAUGUCAGGUGGGAAGCUUGAUGAAACACUUGUGAAGAACUCUUGUUUACAUCUCUGGUCAAGAAGAAAUGCUGUGGAUGUCAGCAUGCUAUGUUCGCAAGAUCUUCUACGCCUUCUUCUCUCCCUUCAGCCUGUUUUGCAAGAUGCCAUCCAGAAAAAACGAGCUGUUAGGUCAUGGGAGAGUAUCCAGCACGUGCAGGGGCCUCUCACUUGGCAACAGUUCCACAAAUUGGCUGGUCGGGGAUCUUAUGGUACAGAUGAGUCUCCAGAGCCACUACCGAUCCCAACAUUUAUGUUGGGUUAUGAAUGUGAUUUUGUGGUGUUAUCUCCAUUUGCAUUGCCAUACUGGGAGAAGCUUCUUCUGGAGCCAUAUGGAUCGCAGAGAGAUAUCGGCUAUGUUGUGGUGUGUCCAGAAAAUGAAGCACUUUUAAAUGGAGCAAGAAGUUUCUUUCGUGAUCUCAGUGCGGUCUAUGAGUCCUGCAGACUUGGGCAGCACAGGCCCAUCUCAAAAUUGCUUCCUGAUGGAAUCAUGAAAGUUGGGACCAAAGCAGCCUUGAAUAUUGCAGAGCAGCCUGUAAAUGACUGGUUCUCUCAGCACUGUGUGAAUGCUAGCAAUGAAGCAUUUUCCAAACUGAAACUUUAUGCUCAAGUGUGCAGACACGAUCUGGGUCCAUAUCUUGCUGGUCAAACAUUGGACAGUUCGUUAUUCUCGCAACCUAACCCCAUUUCCUCUUGCAAUCGAUCCAGUACAUUACAAACUCCUGUACAAGUUCCUGCUGGAGGUUCAUCUGCAUCUUCCACCAGUGCUCCUGUACCAUCUGGUACUUUAGCAAACACUGCCAUAACUGGCACAGUAGCUAGUAGUACUACUUCGAAUGUGGCUUCAAUACCUGUGAACCUGACCAGCGUAUCUGCUGCAGUAAAACCGUCUUCCUCUUUUCCUCCAUUUGCACAUUUGAAUAAUUCCUCCAGUGCUGUGACUGCACAAAGCUCAGCCUCCCAGCAGAGUAAUGGUAUCUCUGGUGAUUCAACAGUUGGUGGAAUGGGACAACAACACCAGGAACCUCCAGAGAGCACCAUGGACAGGGAUAAAAUUGGGGUCCCAACAGAGGGGGAGUCUCAUGCCAUCAUUUAUCCACCAUCCAUCGUUGUGUACAUUGUGGAUCCUUUUACUUACAAUGCAGAGGACGAAAGAUCGUCAUCUUCAAAUGUUUGGACACUUGGGCUAUUACGCUGCUACCUAGAGAUGAUUCAUUUCUUACCAAAACACAUCAAGAAUGCAAUAUCUGUGCAAAUUGUCCCAUGUCAGUAUCUGUUACAGCCUGUGAAAAAUGAUGAUCGGCACCUGUACUCCCAGCACCUUAAAUCUUUGGCGUUUUCUGUGUUCACUCAAUGCCGGAGAUCAUUACCAUCCUCCACCUAUGUCAAAGCACUGACUGGCUUUGGCCCAGGCUUGGCCUUAGACAGCACCUUAAAGAGUCCAGAUAGACCAGAGCAUUUGCGGAUUUAUAGCCCGCCGUUUAUUUUGGCUCCAGUGAAGGAUAAGCAAACUGAGCUAGGAGAAACAUUUGGCGAGGCGAGCCAGAAAUAUAAUGUUCUUUUUGUUGGCUAUUGCUUGUCACAUGAUCAGAGGUGGUUGCUUGGAACAUGUACGGAUCUCUAUGGAGAGUUGCUGGAGACCUGUGUCAUUAAUAUAGAUGUACCAAACAGGGCUCGCAGACGGAAAGGUUCACCCCGGAGAAUGGGAUUGCAAAAACUCUGGGAUUGGUGUUUGGGCAUCAUGCAGAUGACAUCACUACCCUGGAGGGUUGUCAUUGGGCGGCUUGGGAGGAUAGGACAUGGAGAAUUAAAAGACUGGAGUUGUUUGCUUGGUCGUCGCACUUUGCAGUCCCUCAGCCGGCACCUGAAGGAUACUUGCAGAAUGUGUGGUAUUUCUGCAGCUGAUUCUCCAAGCAUCCUUAGUGCUUGUUUGGUUGCUAUGGAACCACAGGGAUCGUUUGUGAUAAUGCCUGAUUCUGUGUCUGUUGGGUCAGUGUUUGGUCGUGGCACAUCACUCAACAUGCAGACGUCGCAACUGAGCACGCCACAGGAUACAUCAUGCACUCACAUCCUAGUGUUUCCUACCUCCGCAAUGGUGCAAGUGCCAACUGGGAGCUAUGAAAUAAACGUUGAGGAAAUGGGAAUCUUUGAAUUACUGGACCCAGAUGAUGAUCUCAUAAUUAACUUGCCAGCAUCUCCAUCCACAUCCCCGGUACAUUCACCAGGGUCCCAUUAUCCACACGGUGGUGACACGGGCAAGGGUCAGUGCACAGACCGACAGGAAUCUCAUGAUGAAGUCACCAUUUUGCAGCAGCCCCUGGCACUGGGAUACUUUGUCUCGACAGCUAAGGCUGGGCCACUUCCUGAUUGGUUUUGGUCAGCCUGCCCUCAAGCACAGAACCAAUGUCCACUUUUUCUCAAGGCCUCGUUGCACCUCCACGUGCCUUCAGUGCAUUCGGAUGAGUUGCUUCAUAGUAAGCACUCCCACCCACUUGAUUCAAACCAAACCUCUGAUGUGCUCAGGUUUGUUCUAGAACAAUACAAUGCUCUUUCUUGGCUGACCUGUGACCCUGCCACCCAGGACCGCCGCUCCUGCCUCCCUGUUCAUUUUGUGGUGCUGACGCAACUGUACAACUUCAUCACAAGCAUGUUGUAAACCUAGCAAAAGAGCUGCAAAGAUUUCAGGAAUUACUCUUCGAAAAGGGAUAUCGUCUGAGAGGGUCAUCAAGAGCAGGAAUUGGUAGGAAGGGAAGCAUACAUUACUCAUGGAGAACUUGGAGGGAUUCUUGGAAUUGGGUCUGAAUGACCCCAGGAUGCCCCCCCCCCCCCCAUUAAUUGCCUGGUGGGUUUUAAAGCCACAGGCAGUUAUCCAAAAAUGCCUGCAUCUUAAUUUAUUGUAAGUUUUUAAAUGUUGUAUAAAUUGUCUUAUAUUUUGUAUUUUUUUUAAUUUUUCAAGAAGGUCUAUACUGCCUUCAGGCUUUAAAGCAUUUGUUGUACUAAAAUAUCUAUAAUCGUUUUAAAAGUUUGCUGUAGGUUGCUAUAAAGUCAGGGGAGGGAGAGCAGCAAAUAUCUAUUGGUUUAGUGUACAUUUUAGUAGGGGUGGGGUUAGUGUUAACCAUACCUUGUGUGUGGUAAAAACGCAGCAAAGCUGUGGAUGCAGAGUACUUGUACAGUAAAUAUGUUCACUGUGUUUAUAUAACUGAAAAAUACAUCUUAUGGCAUUUCUUAUCAUGCAUUGUGAAGCCAGCGCUAAAAUGGGAGGGGUUGGGGAGGGGUGGGGGGUAGAAAUGGGACUGAGGAGGAGGGUUACUCUGGUCAAGGUCAGUCCCAGUGACCUGCCUAUUUGUACAUAAAGACGUCAGUAACUUUAAUUUGUUACUACUGUGUAAAAAAGAAAAAUUGUGCAGAAUGGUAACUAAAUUUUGUAGCAACAGAAUUUUUUCCAAAAUUGAAUCAAUGCAAUGCAGGUGUGUUGGUCUGUUGUAGUGUUAAGGUUUCUAGGCCCCAGACUCUUAUCAUUGUCCGAACUUAAUGAUGGCUUCAGUGAAUGGACCGCUUUACAGAUCCAGGUACCACAAUCCCGACAAAGUCACAGUAGUGUUCCUUCUCAGUUUUUUUUUCUUCUCUGACCAUUUUAUGUUGUAAUUUAAUAAUUACCUGACCUAAUGUUCCUUGCUAUCAAACUCCAUAGCUGUCUGACUUAUAAUUUUUUUUCACUGUUCAUUCAUCUCUCUGUACAAUUAUAAACUUGUUAAUAUUUGGAUAACUUGUUUUUAAAUAUGCUUCAGCACUCAAUUGUGGGUAACUUGUAUUAAGAUACAGGUCUUUGAGGAAGACUAUCUUUUUGAGAAAGGAGAAACCUAUAGAUUCUGUAGAUUUGCUUAUGGGAAUCUGUUCUUAGACCAUUUCAUUUCCCCCCCUACUCACGUCAUGUCCCACUCCAGCUUUACAGUGCAGUGCCUUCCCUCUUGAUAGCCUAAAAUGUUUAAGCAUUGCCUUGAAGUAAAUUGUGUGUUUUGAUAAAACAAUUCUAAGGUUCUAACUAAUGGCAUAGUUUGAAGCUAAAGGAAAAAAAAACGCAUUAUUUUAGGAAGUGAAAUUACAGCUAUCAUUUAAGAAACAUUGUCAUUUGCAAUAGGAUUUGGAAUAAAUAUCAAUAGAGUUGAUUCACGACAUAUUAUUAGUUAAUCUCUUCCUAUGGUGUUUCAGAAUUUGCAAUCAACCCAGUUCAGAGAUGGUAUUAUACACCUCUGGAGUAGAUGGGACUUGAAUCCAGGCCUUUUGGUUCAGUAAGAACACUAUCAGUGUGGUACAAGAGCCCCUAUGGUGUUGUGCAUCAAGACCAAUUGUAGGCUUCAGCUGACGGAUAGCAAAGGCUAAUUGGACAUGGUCAUGCAAAUUAAAUUCACUCCUGAUUUGAAGUCUCAUGUUUUGUUCUUUUAAAAUAUUCCUAUAAUGCAUUCCUCUAUCCACAUGAAACUGUCUGUUAAAACAUGCUGGACUUUAGUUAUACUAUUUUGCCUGUGAUGCUAUACUACUACUUUUGAGAGAGAGCUUUAAUUGUAGUCUGACAAAUUUGCAUAGACAAUUCCCAUAUAAAUAUGAAUGCGAGAUCAGUGUUCCCAAGGAAGUGUGUGCAGAUGGAUUUCUAGUAUUUUUCCAUGUAUGUGUGUAUAACAUGAGAAUUACUAUGCAGUUACCGUAACUAAAGUAUUAUAACUGUUAAUGGUAUUUGAGCCUUGACAAAAGUGAGACCAGACAAAUUUCAAAUUGAAGAAGUCUUAAAUUCUAAGAUCUCUUAAAUUUAGAAAUUUCUAGCAUCCAUGCAUUUCUGUAUUAGAUUAUCUAUUAAAUGUGCUGCAAAAAUAUGCAUUUGAGUUUCAUCUAAAAGAAGUCUUAAUCAAAUUUUCUAAUAAAAUAAUAAUUUUAUAAUUACAAUUACAAAAAGUGAAAUUUGCUACAAGUGUUGGGUGUCUCCGAUCACUUGUCUGAGUUGUUUUCAAUUUGUUAAUUUCAAGAAGUUUCAUCAAAUUUCACUGAAACCGGUUUACGUUUGUUUUCUUGUAUUUUUUUUUUGAAGACUGGCUCGAUAAGAGAACCUUUCUAAUAUCUGAAAAUAUUUCAUUACAGCAGUAACUCCUUAAAAACCCUGAUCAGCACUACUCUAUAAUGUUCACUCCUUUGAAAAAGAUAAAUUGUGCAAGAACAUUAGAACAAGAUCCAACUUUUUUUUAAGCCAUAUGUGUCCUAAUGUAAAAGCUUUAAUACAUAUACUAAAUUUAUAAGCGCCUUAAUUGUUUAACUAUAUAUGUAAUUGCUAUUACCUUGCAGAAGAUACUUUUUUAGGGAGGAGGUUGAAAGCUGUUUUUAAAUAAAAAAAAAUGUUGCACUGAACCUUAAAUACUAUGAAAACAAUUCAAAAUGGUUAAUACUGUCAUGAAAACAUUUGGACUGUUUCUUGAACUGAAGGCACUUUUGUUAAAACUGUUGAACACCUGGCUCCCAGCCUUGAACAGAGCCUUGAGUCAUUGACUUCUUGAAUUCCUAUACCUUUUGUCUAACUUGUGAAUUUUCUUCUCACUGGAUGAGGCCUCUUGCAGGAUCAAAUUUAUUCACUUUUAAGUGCAAAGUCAGAUGAAGGCAUGAGCGAACCAGCUUGGCUCAUUUUUACAAAGUGUUUGGCCUGUGUCGAGGUGUGAUCUGCUGGAAAUUGGGAGAACAUGUGGAUAUUUUGUUUUGUUAUAAGAAGGUAGAUAAGGAUGUCAGGGAUAUUAAAUCUAUAAUUGAACGUAUUAUAUUUUUGCUCCCAUUGAAGUCCCAGCCCAGCUUUAUUCUUGAUACAUUAAAUUGAAAACUUAGCAUAUUUUAAGGUCAUUUGAAUCAUGCAGCAUAGUGGUUAGCACUACUGCCCCCUCACAGUCAGGGACCAAAAUCCGUUCAGCCAUAAGUGACUGACUGUCUGGUUUGCAUGUUCUCACCAUGGUCUAUAUGGGUUUUCUGGUUUCCUCCCACAGUCCAAAGAUGUGCAGGUUAGGUGGAUUAGCCAUGGUAAAUGUGGGGUGAUAGAGGAUGUAGGUCCAGGUGGGAUGCUUUUUGGAGGGUCAGUACAGAAUCAAUGGGCCAAUGACCUCUACCUGCACUGUAGGGAUUCUAUGCCUUAUGCUGUUGUGGAAUAGCAUUCUUUGGUUGAGGUGUGGCUAUGUUGUAUAAAACAAUCAGAACAAUUUCAAGUAGAAAGAACAUUGCUUUAGCAAAGUGUUUCUUUCUAUUUUGUUUACUCAUGGGAUGUAGGUGUCACUGGCUGGACCAGCCUGUGUUGCCCAUCCUUGAGAAGGUAAGCUGCCUUUUUGAACCACUGCAGUCCAUUUCAUGUAGAUAGAUCCACAAUGCUGUUAGGGUGGGAGUUCCAGGUUUGUGGCUUAGCGAUACUGGUGGUAUAUUUUCAAGAUAGGACGGUGAGUAGCUUGGAAGGCAUCUUGCAGGUGGUGGUGUUCCCAUGUAUCUGGUGCCCUUGGCCUUCUAGAUAGCCGUGAUUGUGGGUUUGAAAGGUGCUGUCUUGGGAGUUUUGGUGAAUUUUUGCAGUGUACCUUGUAGAUGCUCCUACCGAACAUCGGUAGUGGAAGAAAUGAAUGUUUGCAGAAAUAUUUCUGCAGCUGCUAUCCUAAUAUUGGAGCUAUCAGUGCUAAUCUCGUUUCCUAAUUUCCCUGUAUAUUUCUUUGUACUUUAUCUAAAUCCUUUGCGGCUGCAGGGUCAUUGUCUUUUAUAUUGCUGAAAUGUAUAGCAAAAUAUAUAUACACCAGUAUGAUAAAUGUAUUUGUAAAUGAUGGUAUACCUUUUACAAAAUGGUAAAUGCUAUGAUUACCUAGUUAAUUUAAACUGGAUUGUUAAGCACAAAGCUCCACAACAUUUGAAAAACUAUAGUAGCUGCAUACUUUAUUUCUAAACAUAAUGUCAGAGAACUAUUAGGUUAAAUAAAAUUAUUUUUUUGUUUGUCUUUCUUCCCCAUUGUCUACCUGCCAACAUAUUUAUUUUCAAGUUUUAAAUCCCCAGUCCAUUAAUUUGGGGGGUGGUGGUGGUGGAUUGCACAGUUGUUCAAGAGCAGCUAUUAAGAGGUGAGCUCUGUGUCCUUCCAUUUGUCAGGGGUUUCGACACCUCAUAAAUAUUAUUGGGAACCAAGUAUUUCUAUUUUAUGUGCAUGAAGAUGACUUGGAUAUCUAUCAUAUAAAACUUCAGAUGCUCUGUUUCUACUUCUCAUUAAUGUUAACCACAGGAUAUCAGUAAUCAAAACAUAUUUCCAUUUAAACUAUUAAUUUUUUUUUUACCUUUUUAGUUUCUCAUGACAGUGGGUAAGUUUUACAAUAAAAAUAAUUUUCAAAUUUAAAUUGUGCAACAAGAAAUUGGAUUCUUUUACUGUCAAACUUCAUUUUCCAUAACCUUUGGAGACCAGUGCUAGCAGCUGAAUAGUAUGACAUUUAUUUACAUUAAUAUUUAAAGUAAUUGCGAUCGUUGCUUUAAUUAUUAUGGUUGAUUUUUUUUCUGUACAUUGCCACCUAAAUAAUCACAUAGCUGUGUUCAUUCUAGACACUUAACCACCUACACAUGGCCUUGUAAUUAAUAGUUUUAAAUAACUAGGUGACUAUAAGAAUUCUUAUUCAUUCAUGGGAUCUGGGUGUUGCAUACUAGUUGCAUUUAUUGUUCAUCUCUAAUUGCAGGUGCUCUUGAGUGCCCACCUUGAAUUGUUGCAAUACUUGAAAUUUAGACAUACCCACAGUGCUGUUAAGAGUUUCAGAAUUUUUAACUGAGAUGGAAUGGCAAUUAAUAUCAAAGACAAGAUGGUGUUGGAGGCAAACUUCCAACUGUUGUUGCUUCAGUAGUUGUCGCCAUGGUCGAGGUAACCGGUUUUGAAGGUGUUGUUGAGCUCUGUCAAAGUGCAGGUGUUACCCACAAUUUAUUGCUAUGAUUGUUUUUAAAUAUAGGGAAAAGCAGUCAUUUAACUGGACUGUCUUUUAAUACAAAUGUUAGUAGAAAAUAACUGAAAACUGAUGUUUUUCUGGCGUUUCACAGCAUAUGGUCUCCAUAGAUAUCUGUAGCAUUUUAAAUUUUCUUGACUUCCUGGUCAUGUUGAAACCAGGAUCUGAAAGUGGUCCAUUUCAUGUGCAAACACUAGCAAUCCCAGUACUUUAUUAAUGCAUUGCUUAAACGUUUGUCUUAUUUAAAUUUCAUAAUUUAAUCUUUUUGUCAAAAUAUUUAUAGAUUGAGCUGAAAUUGCAGUAGAUUUAAAAAACUCAAAUUUUAUUAAUUGUUGAAUUUUACAGAGUUGAUGCCUUGCUUAUUUUUUAAAAAAAAAGGAAAAAAAAAUUGGGAGAACAUGCCAUGUUUUGCUGAAUAGUUGGUUGUCUGUAACAACUGGGCGAGCAGAGAUGAGACCCCAGCUGUGGUGAGGACCGGUCCACUUUUUUCCCCUUUUUGCGUGUCCUACUUUGGUAUAAAACAUCCUGCUUGUGAAGCUGCAGUUGUGGUUCAAGAGUCUUUCAACAAAUUAUGAACAAAUUUUAGUCUGGAGAUCGUGGCAAACACUAAAAGCUACAUACAGUCCAAAAAAAAACAAAUUAUGGUUGAAUUGUUCAAAAGGUUUAUACUUUUUAAACAUUUCCAAAUAAAUAAUUUAUUCAUAA